AUGACCAACACAGAAUAUACCGCUAUUGACGACGUUUGGGGAACUACUGAUGAUGAUGAAGAUCAAACUACGUAUGAUAGAAGAUUAGCUGAGAAGGAGUGGGAAAAGAUACAGGAAGAUCACGGCAACAUUGGCUAUAAAGAAGGCAUUGUGGAAGGGAAAGAAGUGAACAUGCAAAGAGGAUUUGAUACCGGCUAUCUCGAAGGUUUCUCUAUUGGCAAGGAAAUCGGAAGACUUCGUGGUCUUGUUAGCUGUCAGGUACUUUUCUAUGAACAAAUGGUGAAACAUGAGGAAGCCGUUAAAGAAUUAAAAGCGUUAUUUGAUGAAAUUGAUAAAGUGGGAGUCCAGCAUAUCUUCAGUGUAGAGUAUUUCCGUGAUAAUGGAAUAGAAGAUAACGAGAAUUAUGUUGCUCCCAAGACAUUUGUGCAAAAUCUUGAGGAAAAAGUUUUAUCUACGCUUAAGGACAUUCAAUCAAGAUAUCUGUAG